AUGGAAGCCAUAACUAAGUGGGACUUAGGAUCAUUCAGAACGUACUACUCGGUUGAACCUAGUGAAAAGUUUCAAGAAGACGAGUAUCUAGACCGAAGCCUUGUUCCUCGUCUUGAAGCUGAGUUAUGGAAGGCUCAAUCUAGAAUCAAAGAGCUUGAGACAGAAAAGUUUGGAUCCAAGGGAGACCUUAGAUCUUUCAUCAGAAACCAAAGAACAAGCCGGGAUGAAAAAACUGAUCCGGUUGUUGAUUGCUUGGUAAAGAAGUUAACCAAAGAAAGGGAAGAAAGGAAGAGAGUUAAUGCAGAGAACUCUAGGUUAAAGAAGAAGAUGUGGGAUAUGGAAUCAUCGGUGAAUCGGUUGAGGAGAGAAAGAGACACACUAGAGAAGGUGUGCGAGGAACUGGUGACGAGGAUCGAUGAAUUGAAGGCAGAAACAAGAAGAGAAUGGGAUGAGACGGAGGAGGAGAGGCAGAUGUUGCAAAUGGCUGAGAUGUGGAGGGAGGAAAGGGUUAGGGUUAAGUUGAUGGAUGCGAAACUUCCCUUGGAAGAAAAGUAUGAAGAGAUGAAUUGGUUUGUUGAUGAGUUAGAGAAGUGUUUGUUGAUGGCAAGAAAAGUAGGACUAGGAUCUGAGGAGAUGAAGUUGAAAAGAGUUGAAGGUUUGAUUAAUACGGCAAGAUCUUUCGAAGAUGCAGCCAUUGAUAUUGAUCUUGAGUGA